CGCGACGGGCCCCCACCACAACCGGGCGAUCGGCCAGCGCACGUACGGUUGCCUCUCCGCCCUCGGCGACAACUCCGCCAACGCCUCCCGCGCUGCCGUCCCCAAGGGGCACCGGCCGGCCGGCGACUCACCGCCGUCGCCGUACGUCAUCUCCUCCUCGUCCCCGCCAUCGACGCGGCGCCAAGCCCGUUCAUGGGUAGAUGGUCGUCAGGCAGAGAUCGAACAAGAUCGGGUAGCGGCGGGGGAUGGAAUUAGCUGCCCUUCUGACGUCGGCGGGGAUAAACAUCUCCCUCUGCAUCCUCUUCCUCAGCCUCUACUCCAUCCUCCGCAAGCAGCCGCACAACUUCGGCGUCUACUUCGGCCGGCGCCUCGCCGAGGCCAAGUUCCGGGACCAGGUCGACUACUUCUCCUUCGAGAGGCUCCUUCCCACUGCCGGCUGGAUCGUCAAGGCCUACUGGUGCACCGAGGAGGAGAUCCGACGCGUCGCGGGGCUCGACUCCGUCGUCUUCCUAAGGCUCUUCAUCUUCAGCAUACGCAUCUUCUCCAUCACGACUUUUAUCUGUGUGUUCAUUGUGCUCCCUGUAAAUUACCAUGGCCAAGAAAUGUCCCACACGCAUAUUCCAGAGGAGUCGCUCAAUGUCUACACCAUUGCAAACCUCAAGGAAGGAUCACCAAAGCUCUGGGUGCAUUGCGUUGCUUUAUAUAUCAUAACAAUCGCGGCUUGUAUUCUUCUUUAUCAAGAGUACAAGUAUCUUUCAAGGAAAAGAUUAGCCCAUAUUACAGGAUCAACGCCAAACCCGGGUCAUUUUGCGGUGCUUGUUCGUUCCAUUCCCAAGUCAGGCAACGAGCUUCUUGAUGACACCAUCAGAAAUUUCUUUGUUAACUAUCAUGGAGCUAGCUACUUGUCACAUCAAAUGAUCUAUCGGAAAGGGAAGUUGCAGAAGUUUGUGGAUAAUGCAGAGAGAGCAUACAGGAAAUUUGUAAGAGUAAAACUUUCGGUAUUUGACCAGAACGUGCGGUCAAGCUUGAACAGAUGUGGUCUCUGCGGAGUACGUGCUUCCUCGUUUCAGCUUUACCGCAAUAAGUUCGUCGAUGCCAAGAAGUCAGACCUCACUGAUCCAGAAGUAGUCGAAGCUCAAAAGGACUGUCCAGGUGCUAUAGUGUUCUUCAAGACUCGCUACGCGGCAAUUGUCGCUUCACAAGUUCUCCAAUCUUCGAAUCCUAUGCUAUGGGUGACCAAUGCGGCCCCGGAGCCACGAGACGUGUACUGGUCGAACCUCUGGAUCCCCUAUAGGCAGAUCUGGCUCCGGAAAAUAGCGACACUCUCAGGUAGUGUCUUUUUCAUGUUUGUCUUCAUCGUCCCCGUCGCAUUUGUUCAGAGCAUGAUGCAGCUGGAUCAGCUUAAGAGGAUGUUCCCACACCUGAAAGGUACACUGAAGACGUCUUUUUGCGUCAGAGUCAUAACGGGAUACCUCCCUAGCGUUGUUCUGUUGCUGUCCCUGUACACCGUUCCUCCCCUGAUGAUGCGCUUCUCGUCGAUCGAGGGUUCGAUUUCUCGCAGCGGAAGGAAAACCAGUGCGUGCACCAAGAUCUUGUUCUUCAACAUCUGGAAUGUGUUCUUUGUGAAUGUGCUGUCAGGAUCUGUGCUCAAUCAGCUAAAUGUCUUAACAAGACCCAAGGACAUGCCAUCUAUGCUAGCUGAGCUGGUGCCGAAACAGGCAACAUUUUUUAUCACAUACGUCCUCACAUCAGGCUGGGCGAGUCUCUGCUCCGAGAUACUGCAAGUGUACAACCUAGUGUACAACUUCUUCAGGAGAUGCAUAUUUGGUUACCUGGACGAGCCGGGAUACGUUUACUCUUUUCCUUACCAUACCGAAGUCCCAAAAGUCCUCUUGUUCAACCUGCUUGGCUUCACGUUUUCGAUCAUGGCGCCUCUCAUACUGCCUUUCUUGCUCGUCUACUUUUGCCUUGGCUACCUGGUUUACCGCAAUCAGAUUCUGAACGUGUACUACCCAAAGUACGAGAUGGGAGGGAAGCUGUGGCCUAUCAUGCACAACACCAUGGUGUUCUCCCUGGUGCUGACGCAGAUCAUAGCGCUGGGCGUGUUCACCAUCAAGAAUUCCCCGGUGGCCACGGGGUUCACCAUCCUCCUCCUCAUCGGCACCAUCCUCUUCAACGAGUACUGCAGGCAGCGCUUCGCCCGCAUAUUCAACUCCUUCUCCGCCCAGGACCUUAUAGAGUUGGACAGAGAAGAUGAGCAGUCCGGGAGGAUGCGAGAGAUCCACGAGCACCUCCUGGACGCCUACUGCCAGUCUCCCCCGGGCAGCGGAGGCGGCGACGACGAGGUCCCGAUCGAGAUGAUCCUGGAGGACCCCGCUCAGGAGGCGUCCAACUCCAGCCAGGAGCUCUGCGACACGGUGCAGGAGGUGGCUGGGUCCAUACAGGAUCACAUCGAGGAGAAGUGAAAGCCAAGCCACACGAUAGAACCUCUGCUGAUGCAUCAUGCAUGUGUGCUAUAUCCUGCUAGUUUUGGGCGUGCGUCGCCUCCGAAUAUGUAGCUACGACCGAUGAUUUGACUUAAUUUAUACCUGUAUAGGUGUGGGUUAGCCCGAGUAGAUGAUGAUGAUUAAGAUGGGGACGGCCUGUUCGCCAUGUUGUAGGUACAUGAUUUUUUCGGGUUCUGAGGGAGCCAACUGUGCAGAUUAGAAAUGGCUUAAGUUUUCACGUUUUACGUUGUUGGCAUCAUAUCACAGAUGAUGGUAACCUGACACAUUUGAAGCGCCAUGUAACGGGCUAGUCGAUCAAAUGUUUACCCUUUA